GGCAAAUGCACUUCUUCUAUCCUUCAGAGUCUGUUUUCUGGUAAUAAUAAAAACAGCAGCAAAAAAAAAAAGAAAAAAGAAUUAACUAAAUAAAUUCAGCUGAUCAGCCAAUGAUCAUGUCUGCUGCUGCCGCAACGGCCAUUGCACAUUUUUCAACCCCAACUUCUCUCGGCCACAGCCAAUUCUCAACCACUAAAAACAAGAGCGCGGCAAUCUUAUCAAACUCCAUUCCCACUUGCAAAAUCACAUCACCACCACCAUCAUCAUCUAUCAGUAAAGUCCAAUAUGGAUAUGGUUACUCGAAGAGAAACUCGGUUCUUACUGGGUUCAAGCCCUUUUCUUCUCCAGUCAUGGAGUGGCAAGAUUGCAAGGUUAAGAUGGAGAUUGACGUGCCUGUUGGGGUGGCUUAUAAUCUUUAUUCAGAUCGUGAAUCAAUUCCUCGUUGGAUGCCCUUCAUUUCAUCUGUGCAGGUACUCAAAGACAAACCCGACCUAUCACGGUGGUCACUGAAGUAUGAAGCGCUGGGUCAGAAUAUUGAAUACUCUUGGCUUGCUAGAAAUAUGCAGCCAACUCCGAAUCAGAAAAUUCAUUGGAGAUCUCUGGAAGGUCUUCCUAACAGAGGCAUCGUUCGAUUUUUUCCUAAAGGUCCUUCAUCAUGUCUAGUAGAACUAACGGUUUCAUAUGAAGUUCCCGAGCUUUUGGUUCCUGUGGCAACGGCACUGCAACCUUUGCUUGACAGCUUACUCAGAGGGGGUUUGGAAAGGUUUGCGAAACUUGCAAAAAACACUUUGGCUGACUGAAACCUUUGCUCCCAAUGGGGUAACUGGAACUCAUGUUUAAUGAUCAUCGACAAUUUUUUCAGAUGGAAUAUUUUCAGAAACAAUAUGAUUCGCUUUCACUGGCAGCAUGGUUCCCUGUAGAAGGGUAAAGUUCUGUUAUUAAUUUGCCAUUGAUUGUAUUCACAACCUUACUUUGGAUGAUUGAUCAGUUCCACAAAUAAUGAAAAGUUCGUGUUAUAAGCA